UUAACCAUUUCAAAAUUUGAACUUAGGUUUGCAACAGGUUGAUAUUGAAUAUUUUGUAGUUUGUACGUUAAGAAUGAGAACGUACUUAUUAUUUUUCCUGAUAGUCGUAUAUGUGAAUUAUGCAUUUUCAAAAAUUGAACCUGAAGAGUUGAAAUGCUUGGUAUGUGAACAAAGCAUUAAUGAGAUGAAACAAGCUAUCAACUCUAUAGAUCCAUCCAAAAAAGUCGACGUGGGUGGAUAUCAUUUGGAUGCUGACGGAAAUUACAGAUCUUCCAAAGUGAUAUCUGCUGCCCAAUCCGAAGUUCUAUUAUCUGAAAUGAUUGAUCAGAUAUGCGAUAAAAUGGAGAACUAUGUGAGAGCAACUUGGAAAAGUAAUGGAACUUUAACACUCUUGAAUCUUUUAGACUCUUCUGGAGCUAUGAACUCCAAAAUGUCAGAAGUUGAUAUUAUUCAAGAUGAUGAUCUCAACAAAAGUCUUCAAUACUAUUGUUCCUCCAUAAUGGAAGAAAAUGAAGAUGCUGUUAUAGAAUACUUCAGAGAUAAUAAAGAUGGAUUGAUAUGUUCACAAAUAGGAUUAUGUGGAAGAAGAUAUGUUAAGGAAGAUUUAUAAAAUUUCUUAAAUAAUUGUGAUACUUUUUAUAAUAAUACUAUUUAUAUUUCGUUAAGAAA